AUCUCCGAACCUGCAUCGGUUGGUGAAGUUUACUCCUCCUCCCACUUGCUCACAAGUUAACUCACAAAACCCAAAACAACUUGACCAGGUUGCACAGCAUCAAACCACUUGAAAAACAGGAACAUCACACAAAAAGUUAAAGUUUGCAUCAACAACCAUGGCUGCCAUUAUCACCCACCAAACAGCUCUUGAUUUCAAUAUCAAGGCAGUGGCUUAUCUUGCUCAGGGGGAUCAUCGAGGUUGCACCACCGAACUUGAGAAUGCGCUCAAGGCGUAUCGAACAUCCCUUCAAAUCGCGGAUCGCAGGUUGGAAGCAGAUGCCAUGGAGAUGGCAAAUGAAGAUGACGAGCGUCGAACUUCGAUUCGACUGCAGACGUUUGCCCUUCCCGACAGCCUCACAGCAUCUUUGGAAGAUGGAAGUACCAGGAAAGCAUCAUCCCAGUUUGCAUGUGGCAACGUGCUGACCGUCUUUCAGAAAGCGUUUGUCGCGGUCAGGGACGACGAGUUUGACGACGAGUUUGACUUUGACGAUGACGACGAAGAUGAUGAGCCUCAUCAUCCAGAGCACAUUGUCCCUUCCACCAUUCUCUACAACAUGGGCCUCUCCUUUCACUUGGACGCCAUUCGCCACGGCUCCAGCGUGGGAAUGGUCCGAGCAUAUGAGUUCUACCGACACUCCAUGGCCAUGCUGGAGAAUCGAAGGGAAGCGAUUGACCCCACUCGUGUUCGAGCUCUCUUGGCAGCACUCGCCUGCAACAUGGCUCAUAUCAGCGCAUCGUUCUACCAUCAAUCGAACACCAGCAAGUCCAUGGCCCUCUUGCGAAAUCUCGUCAUGAACGGGGUUGACGACGACGACGAGGAUGAUCUGCAAGACGACGAAUUGGAUACGUUCACCAUGAACUGGAUCUUCUACUCAGAGUACCACCACGCUGCACUGGCGGCAGCGGCAUAGUUGGGUUCCUAAUGCUGCCGGUAGUCUACUUCCCUUUCUGGAAUGCUUUCCCUCCUUCCUUUCAACCGCUCCAGUUGCCGAUCUAUCCCUCCUUCUCUUCCUCCUUCCUAGUGCUGGACAUCCACUUAUAGUUCUACAUUUUGCAUUACAUUACAUAGCAUUACAUCUACUUUUAGU